GGUCGGCGAGAUUAUUUGGCUGCUCCACGGGCGCAUGUAGGGGCAUUGGUGCAGCUAGUCUGCUGUGUCUGAGAGUGAGAUCCUAGUUGGUACCCUGACCCGCCGCGUCAGGUCGAGUCCACGCCGGUCCGCCGAGCACCGCAGCCACACGCAGCUCCGCGAUGUCCGAGUCCGAAGCGUCGUUGGCCGCCCUCUUGCAGGGCGGCAAUGGCAACAGCCCCGACGGCGCCGUCAUUUCGGACGUGCCUGUCACCGACCCUGGCUCUUCCGGAGAGGGUGUCGUAGUGAGCAGCUCAUCGACAACAGUCACGGCAGCAGUCGCGAGCAGGCUGUUGAACCCCAAUGAAGGCCCGGUUGUGGUAAUCCGCUAUGCUCGGGGAUUCACGCGGAUUCAUGACACAGGAAGAGCUUCCGGCGCUAUGAAGAAGUCCAACAGGUACAGGAGCCGCUCACUCUCUGCUUCCUCCAACGACUCUUACAGCUCAGCUUCCUACACUGGCAGCAGUUCAGACGAAGAUGAUGUCUCACCUCGUGAUAAAUCGCAAAAGACUUCCAAGGGCCUCACAGACUUUUGUGUCCGAAAUAUCGACCAGCAUCUCUUUGGAAGGAGGGAAAUCGAAAUUGCUGAGCAAGAAAUGCCCGGAAUCAUGGCGUUACGGAAGCGUGCCGGCGACGACAAGCCGCUGAAAGGAGCAAAGAUUGUUGGCUGCACGCACAUCAACGCGCAGACGGCCGUUCUGAUCGAGACGCUGGCCGAAUUGGGCGCCCAAGUGCGAUGGGCAGCGUGCAACAUCUACUCGACGCAGAACGAGGUGGCUGCCGCGCUCGCCGAGGCCGGCUUUUCCAUUUUCUCGUGGCGCGGUGAGUCUGAGGAGGACUUCUGGUGGUGCAUCGACAAGUGUGUCAACUCGGAUAACUGGCAGCCCAACAUGAUUCUCGACGACGGCGGUGACGCUACGCACCUCAUGCUCAAGAAGUAUCCAGCCAUGUUCAAACUGAUCAAGGGAAUCGUGGAGGAGAGCGUUACAGGGGUGCACCGUCUGUAUCAGUUGUCCAAGGCGGGCAAGUUGACAGUGCCGGCUAUGAACGUUAAUGACUCUGUCACCAAAACAAAAUUUGAUAACCUGUACAGCUGUCGUGAGUCAAUUAUUGAUAGUUUAAAAAGGUCAACAGAUGUGAUGUUUGGCGGCAAGCAAGUGGUAGUCUGUGGCUACGGAGAAGUGGGAAAGGGUUGCUGCCAGGCCCUCAAAGGGCUCGGCUGUGUGGUCUACGUCACAGAAAUCGACCCAAUUUGUGCGUUGCAAGGCUGUAUGGACGGCUUCCGAGUGGUGAAGCUGAACGAGGUUAUCCGCAACGUGGACAUUGUUAUCACAGCCACUGGCAAUAAAAACGUGGUCACAAGGGAUCACAUGGACAAGAUGAAAAACGGCUGCAUAGUCUGCAACAUGGGUCACUCCAACACUGAAAUUGAUGUUAAUAGUCUUCGCACCCCUGAUCUGACCUGGGAAAAAGUACGCUCGCAGGUUGAUCACGUGAUCUGGCCCGACGGGAAAAGAAUCAUUCUGCUGGCUGAGGGUCGCCUUGUGAACAUGAGUUGUUCCAGCCUGCCCUCGUUUGUCGUUUCAAUUACCGCAGCCACGCAGGCCCUCGCCCUCAUCGAACUGUUCAACGCACCCCACGGCCGAUACAAGUCCGACGUCUACCUCUUACCCAAGAAAAUGGAUGAAUAUGUGGCCAGUCUCCAUUUGCCAACGUUUGAUGCUCACCUCACUGAACUGACAGACGAGCAGGCCAAAUACAUGGGGCUUAACAAAGCCGGACCCUUCAAGCCAAAUUACUACAGAUACUAACUUUCGUGCGUGAAUUUGGAAUGUGGCGUGCAGUUGUCAACUCGACGUAACAUUUUUUAGAUCUUGAGCCAUUACCAAGCUGAGAGUAUUAAUUGAUUGCCUUUGUUGAGGUCGGCACUUUUUAAAAAUCGUUUAACCAGUGGCUACGUAGUUAUUUUUGGGGUCUAUAGUUUCGAUUUGGUUGUUUUUAAUCAAUAUUACGGUAUAUUGCAAAAAGUGCGAGUAGAUAAUAAUAAAUGAAUAUAAGCCAUAUAUUUUUUAAUUAGAAAGAGCGUAAUGGUGGGUGUUUUGCAGAAUUUAGUGAUUAUUGUGAUCCAAAUUGUGUGGCAGAAUGCCCAUAAGAAUGUACUAGACAAUGAGCGUCGCUGCGUUGAGCGAAUAAGAAAUUGACAAAAAUCGUAGUUUUUUGUUCUAAUCUACAUAAAUUUUGUGACGAAUAUUUACUUUUUUCCAAGUAUACAAUGUUACAUACUCUCAUGUUUUGAGGUGCAUUUUGAAUAUUGAGCAUUUUCAUGUACGCGACCUUACAUAUACCGUGGUUUUUCCGAGGCAUUCAGGGUGUUGAUUUCUUUUCGCUACAUACUGCUAGAGUCCGAGUUAUUAUAGCAUUGUUGAGAAGUACGUGAAGAAACAACGCAGUCCAUCAUCCGACUUAAUACAUGAUGACGACGAAUGUUAUUUUGUUAUGGACACAGGAAUUUGAUUAAUUAAUAAAAAUGAUGCAAGUCGUAGCCUUACACUAAA